CCGCUCUCUGCGCGGGCUCCGGACCGGCCAUCUUGGAAAUCCUGAGCGCCGCUUGUCCCGCCGUGUGUCCCGUCUGAGCCGCCUGAGUCCCGGUACUUCUCUCCCUGUGGCCGUUCCGUCCUCCCGCGCACCGCCGCUCUCCGUGCAUGUUCCAGAGCCUGAGGAGCAGAUACUCUACGCUAAAGAAGCACCAUGUCGACUGCUACACCGAGUAGGGAGGGAGGGCGGCCGGCGGCCUCCACUCCCCUGUCCCCGACCAGGAUCUCCCGCUUACAGGAGAAGCAGGACCUGCAGCAGCUCAACGACCGCCUCGCCGUUUACAUCGACCGAGUGCGGGCUCUGGAGCUGGAGAAUGACCGCCUCAUGGUCAGAGUGUCGGAGAAGGAAGAGGUGUCCACCAGAGAGGUGAGCGGUCUGAAGGCUCUGUACGAGGCGGAACUGGCAGACGCUCGCAGGGUCCUGGAUGAGACGGCCAAAGAGAGGGCCCGACUGCAGAUCGACCUGGGCAAGGCUCAGAGUGAGCUGGACGAGGCCAAUCGGAGUUUGAAGAAGAAGGACGGUGAGCUGGCAGCAGCCGUGUCCCGAGCUGGAACUCUGGAGGACAAACUGAACCAGAGCGACGCUGCUCUGUCCUCUGCUCAGAGCCACAGUGCUGCCCUGAGCGCAGAGCUGGGGGACGUCAAGGGCCAGCUGGCUAAGGCAGAGGACAGUCAUGCUGUAGCCAAGAGGCAGCUGGAGGCAGAGACACUGAUGAGAGUGGACCUGGAGAACCGCUGCCAGUCCCUCACUGAGGAACUGCAGUUCAGGAAGAGCAUGUUUGAGCAGGAGGUGCUGGAGUCGCGGCGGCGUCAGGAGCAGAGGAUCGUGGAGGUGGACUCUGGAGUGAGGCAGGACUAUGAGUUCAAACUGGCCCAGGCUCUGCAGGACCUGAGGAAGCAGCAUGACGAGCAGGUGUCUCUGUACAAAGAGGAGCUGGAGCACGCCUUUCAGGCCAAGCUGGAGAAUGCUAAAGUGUCCUCCGACCUGAGCGACAAGGCAAUGAGCAGUGCCCGAGAGGAGGUGCUUGAGUCCCGCAGCCGCAUCGAGAGCCUGAGCUUCCAGCUCAGCAGUCUGCAGAAGCAGCUGGCCACCUCAGAGGACCGUAUCCGCGAGCUGGAGGAGAUCCUGUCCUCAGAGCGAGACCGAGCGCGGCGCACUCUGGAGGCAAAGGAGGCCGAGAUGAGUGAGCUGAGGGAACGCAUGAACACACAACUCUCAGAGUACCAGGAGCUGCUCGAUGUCAAGCUAGCCCUGGACAUGGAGAUCAAUGCCUACCGCAAGCUCCUGGAGGGGGAGGAGAGCAGACUGAAGCUGUCUCCCUCUCCAUCCUCCCGGGGCGCUGUGACGAGGGUCAGCGGUUCAGCAUCAUCACGCUCGAAGAGAAAGAGGCAGGAGGCAGAGGAAGGAGAAGAGCUCAGGAGUGAGGAGCUGAGAGGUGAGCUGCUGUUGUCUGAGGAGUCCACGUCCUCUGGAGCAGUCAGCAUCUCCCCCACUGACAUGGACGGUAACGCGGUCACUCUGAGCAACCUCAGCGAGCAGGACCAGUCACUGGGCAGCUGGAGGCUCAGUCGGCAGGUGGACGGAGGAGAGCCUCUGGUCUACAAGUUCUCCCCCAAGUAUGUGCUGAAGGCCGGUCAGUCUGUCACGGUUUGGGCAGCAGGGGCUGCUGUAGCACACAGCCCUCCCUCUGACCUGCUGUGGAAGAGCCAGGCUUCAUGGGGCACAGGAAAUGAUGUCAUCACCUCUCUGACUGACACUGAUGGAGAGGAGGUGGCCCGGAGGAGAGCCACCAGAACCCAGGUGGAGGACGGAGAGGAGGAGGUGGAAGUCAAUGGCACGGGGCGUGGCUCAUCUCGGGAGUGUGCAGUCAUGUGAUCCACACCGCCAGAGGAGCAAGCUUUUCGGAACACUCCAAAAGCAGCCUUUCUUAAAAAACACGUGGAAAUGAAAAAAAAAAAAAGUUUGUUAGCUUGUGUGUUUUUAAGACUCUGAAAUUUUCAAAUUUAACUCAGAACUCAGUUCAACCUCUUUUUUUUCUCCCAAACUUCUAUGACGAUAAGUCCUCAGAACAGCAGAUGCCACCUGUGUGAGGAGGCCGCUCUGGAUCCAAGCUUAUGAAAAACCAUGACUUUACGAUUUAUCUGAAGACAAUUGCACUGUAUCAUUUUUCUUUUAGUUGUUGUUAUAAUAAUGUGAGGAAGGACCCAUUUUUUUCACAUAUUUCCACUAUUACUCUACAGUGAAAAUUAUGCUAGUUUUGUCAUAUCUUUGCAGAAUGUUGUGUAGAACUUUGUUUUGGCUCUUUCUCAAACUGCCCCUUCUCCCUCUCAGACCCUUUAACCUUCACUCACUGGAAAUAGUUACGGCAAACUUGGUCCAGUGAAGAUUUAAAGAAACUAUAUGCAGCCUGUGUGCUUAGUUAAAAAAACAAAAAAACAAAACACAGUCACUACACUACAAACACUACAAUCACAACUACACCUGACACCAGAGCCUUAACCCGCAGAUAGAGACAUAGCCAAGUUUGUCUCAUUCUCAGUAUAUGGACAGGCCUCAUGUGAAUGCUCAGAACCUACAAAAUUCCCUCACUGAGCUGAGCGGUUUCAGGUGCUAGGGUUUAUAUAGUGACCUGUCGUAUCAGUGAGAGUCCUUUUUAGGUUUAAACCAACUGGAUUUCAACAUUGAAAUGGCAAACCAAAUGUGAGGCUCAUUCUGUUUUCUGAUUGGCAUUGGAUAAUUGUCUUGAACCAAAACACCAAAUUAUAACACAAAUAACUUGUCCAUCAUGUCCAAUGUUUUUGUGAUCAAGAAUAAAUUGACAUUACAAUAGUUCUCAGUAAAAACUCUUUUUGAUUUGGACAUGUUUUUACCCUAUAUCCAGGGACACAGAUGGCUCAUGUUUAUGGAAUUAUAAUAUAAAUCCUUUUAGUUUUUUAAUUCUAAUCCUGUAGACAUGAAUUAAAAAAUGCCCAAAAUGCAUUCUGUUGUCAAAGGUGAAAUGUGAGUACUGGUUCUCGUGGUGAUCUUCCCGUGGGGCUGAGUUUAGGGGACAGUGCUUUGCUGCUGGAGUAAGGGCCAUGGCAGUGCUGCGUACAGUUUGAAGUGAGAGGGGGGAGGUGCUGCCUUAGAGAGAGCCUUCAUCAUUCUAACUCUCAGGGGGUGUCAUGAGCUCCACUACAGCCACGGACAGAGUGCUGGGGCCACUUUUUUUUGGCACGUCCUCUGGAAAGUAACUAAUUACAAAUGCUCAUAUUACUGUAAUUGAGUAGAUAUUUGGUUAGUUGUAUUUUAAAGCUUGUCCUUAUACUUGCAAUUGAGUAUAAUACUAGCCAUGUAAUUGAAAUUGGUUACAGUUGACAACAUGAAUACUGAGUAGUAGUAGUACAAGCCCCAAUAGCCACGAUCCACAGCUGUCUCAACUGUCACCUCUGUCGCUACUCUAAAUUUACACACAUAAUAGCAUCCCUGCUCUGAUUGGUCAGAACUCAGAAAAUAUGCAGGCUAUAAUUUAGUUUAUAUAGAUUGCAGCUCUAAAAUGUCUCUAAAUUCUGUGUACUUUUUACUUAAGUAUGAUUUUGGAAGCAGUAAUUGGGUGUAUUUUUAUCUAUUUAAACUGUACUUUUACAGUACUCAUUACACCACUGCUGAUACUGAUUGGCCAACUUGUUUCCUAACCUGACAGGCCUGCAGCAAGACAGGAACAAUGCAGCCAGAGGUCACCUUGUCAAAAAUAAACUGGUGUCCUUGGGCUGUGCUGUCCCAUCAGAGGGCACCCAUUUUCUCAGUGGUCCAGGCCUUCUCCUGACAAAGUCCUCCAAAUGAUGACCGUGCCCAGCCAAGGGGGCACAGACAGAGACAGCUUCAGUCUCUGCUCAUCAGUGGACUGCACUGAAGCCUUCACACUCCUUUUGUAUUUUAUUUUUAUGCUAUCAUGCACAUGUGAUAAGCUAAAUGUGAUUUAUGAUGAACUGUCAAUCAUGAUUCUGUCUGAAGCUUGGUUAAACUUGAGGUCCAGAUAAUCUCUGUGAAACACUCAGCUGCUGUCUGAACAGAAGCGCUCCGUUUGAGCAGUGGCACCAAUAUAAAUGUACUUUUCAACUUGUAAUAAAUCUUUUUUUAUCAGUACAA